AUGGCCAGGGUCCUGCUGCUGUCUGCGCUGCUGGUGUCUCUGCGCUGCUCCACAGCGGCUGUCAUCACUGGGGCGUGUGAGAGGGACAUGCAGUGUGGGCUGGGGACUUGCUGUGCAGUCAGCCUGUGGCUGCGGGGGUUGCAUAUGUGUACCCCACUGGGGACAGAAGGGGACGAGUGCCACCCCUUCAGUCACAAGGUACCCUUUGUGGGAAUGAGGCAACACCACACAUGCCCCUGCCUUCCUCACUUGGUGUGCACCAGGGACAUAAACAGCAGAUACAGAUGUACUGAUGACUUCAAAAACAUGGAAUUUUAA